GCCUCACCUCCUACGCCAUGGCCAACGAAAGGGAGUACUGGGCGGCGGCCACUGCGGCUUUCUUCGGCGUGACGCUGGAGGACGGCGCCAGCACGGGCGGGAUGAACCGGUGCGGUGCGGCCGUGUGUCCCUCCGUGCGCCUGGCCAGGGAUCACCUCAGGGCGCGAGACCCGGCGCUCUUCGACGUCCUGACCCACGUGCUGGCGAGUAACAAUUCAUCUCUAGAUCCGAGGAUCGCCCGCUGCCCCGCGCAGUCUGCUGUUGGUAAAUAAACUCAACUCAAAGAGAACAUUUAAAUGGGAAGGUUUUUACGUCAUAUUUUAAUAAAAUGUUAUAUUUUAAAAACUAUUUUAAAGUUCAAAAGAGUGAUGUCUUGAAAGGCUAUUUAGUGAGCCGCUUCUCAUAAAAUUUGAUACAUUUCUAAUUGCAGGGAAGCAUUUUGGCGCAUAUGUGAGCAACAGAAAAAGACGCUAGUGGAAAUUUAGUUUCCCUUGACCUGGAUGUCAUUAUACAAAUCAUUUAUUUUUUAGUAAUGUGGAAAACCCUCCACAAACGAAAAUUCAAUCACUCUUAUAUGAUAGUAAAGUUAAGCAUCCCACUAGGGAGGGGGGGGGGGGUUAUGACAAUGUCCCCAAAUUAAUAUUUUAUUUUAUUCGAUAGAGAAGCCAGAAAUGGCUAUAAUCACUUUCAAUUACGUUGUGAUUUUUAUUAUUGAAUCUCUAAAUAUUAUUAAAUAAUUUUAAUAAUUUUAAAAAGAAUAAUUUUAAAAAUAAAACGAAAAUUCAAUCACUUUUAUAUGAUAGUAAAGUUAAGCAUCCCACUAGGGAGGGGGGGGGGUUAUGACAAUGUCCCCAAAUUAAUAUUUUAUUUUAUUCGAUAGAGAAGCCAGAAAUGGCUAUUAUCACUGUCAAUUACGAUGUGAUUUUUAUUAUUGAAUCUCUAAAUAUUAUUGAAUAAUUUUAAUAAGUUUAAAAAGAAUAAUUUUAAAAAUUUUAAGAACAGAAAGAAAAAAAAAUUUCAGCUCAGAAAAACUACAGGAAUAUACAUUUUUCAACCCCGUGUUUUUAACAUUGUAGUUCUGACAGGUCUGGGCCAACAAUUUUAAAAGACAUCUCAAAAUCUUACAUUAAAAUAAUAAACUUUUAAUUAUUGCAAGAAAAUCAGUUAAGAUUUUUUUUAAAUGACAUACCAAGUUACAAAUAGGUUGGUAGUCUUUAUGCUACACAGCUCUGCCAUCACAGAAAGUGGAUCUCUGUACUUGUCUGAGUUCAAUCCUAUUGCAGCCAUGCAUCUCGAAAGAUGCCGAAUCACUGGAUAAAAAUCUGUUUUUAUGUUUUUAUUAAAGAAUUAUUUUUUUUGCUUCAGCAGAAAAUAAAAAUAAUUCUAUUUUAUUAUGUCUUUCAAAUAUUGACACAAAAUUCAGUGUAUUUGAUUGCACUUAAAAAAAAUUCGCCAUGCAAUAAGCAUCCAAAAAAAGUGCUGGGAAACAGUAGAUUUAUAAUGAGUUUGCAUUCCAUUAGACAACUUUUCUAGCUCAUGAAAGAGACUGCAUGUCUUGUGAAUUAAAGCUUACCAGCUCUGUGGGUAUGAAUACGUGUACGAGUCCUUACAGGAGGACCCGAGGCAAGGUCUGUGAAAGAUGGAGAAUUGGAAUGAGGGGAGAGUACCCAGAACAUGAGCAGCAAAUAAGAAAUUUACUUUUGUUAACAAGACCAGUUGUGUCCUCCUACUACGGUACAAAAUUAUGUUGCGCUGACAUUGAACUUAGUAAUCUACUCAAGCAAUAUGUUAUAACCAAUGACCUUGUCAUGAUGACAUUAAGCUUACUCUACUCAAGCAAUAUGUUGUAACCAAUGACCUUGUCAUGAUGACAUUAAGCUUAAUCUACUCAAGCAAUAUGUUGUAACCAAUGACCUUGUCAUGAUGACAUUAAGCUUAAUCUACUCAAGCAAUAUGUUUUAAACAAUGACCUUGUCAUGAUGACAUUAAGCUUAAUCUACUCAAGCAAUAUGUUGUAAACAAUGACCUUGUCAUGCUCACAUUAAGCUUAGUAAUCUACUCAAGCAAUAUGUAACCAAUGACCUUAUAAGUCCUGGUGCUCUCACGCAUUAUACUCACAACGGAGCAUAAUCCACAAUCCCUGUCCUGGGCUAUCUUUGCUAGUUCAGCCUAAUGCCAUAGGUCAUCCACAAUACCUUUCCAUCUGUCCCUGUCCUAGCUUGUUCAGCCCAAAUGUUCUUCAUUCUCUUUACCUCUGCCGCUUAUACCCUCUUCCAUGUGGCUCUUGGUCUUCCUCUUUUCCUGGUUCCUUGGGGAUUCCAAAUUCAGGGCGUAUCCUGAGAUGUUAGUAUUUGGUUUCCUUAAUGUGUGCCCGUAUCCAUCUCCAUUUUCUCUUUUGUAUCUCCGUUUCCACUGGAACACUUGAUGUUCUCCGCCCAAAGGACAGUGUUACAAAUUUUGUCAAACCAUCUUUUUUGAGGAUCCUUGACAAGCAUCUGUUUAUAAAAACCUGCAUUUUUUUAAUGUUUGUUUUUUUUCUCCAAGUUUCAUAGCCGUACCUUGACAUUUGAGCUGAAUAUUUUUGUUAAAUUUGUUUUUGUCAGUAUUUCACUUGAGUUCCAGGUGUUUCGCAGGGCAUUGAAUGCUCCUCUGACUUUUUGGACCCUAGACUUUAUGUCAUCUUUCCCACCAUUUUAUUUAUGAUGCUUCCCCGGUAUGUAAAAGUUUCAACUUCUUCAAGAGACGCUCCUCCCAAGUUAAUCCUAAUGACCAAAUCAUCCACUGCAUUUAUUCUUAAGGUCUUGGUUUUCUCUUUAUUUAUGCUGAGUCCAUCUUGCUGCGAUAUUGAGUCAAGUUUUGUUGUUUUUAUGACAAUGUGAUAAAAGUGCAAUAUCAUCUGCAAAAUCCAAAUGUAUGAAAUGUAUCCACUGGAUUCCAUUUUCGCCAUCCUGUGUUUUUCUCGUGAUCCAGUCAAUGGGUAAAAGAAAGAGGAAUGGUGAGAGCAGAGAUCACUAUCGGACUCAAGACUCCAUAAUAAAUGGGUUUUUUGAGUUCACCUUCUUGCUCACCCUGAAGUCUUUAAACGUUUUCUUAAUUAAGCCAGUUAGAUUUUGAGGAAUACCAUGUCUUACUAGUUUCCAGAGUGUAUCUCUUUCCAAACUAUCAAAUGCCUUUUAGAGGUCAGCUCACAUGCAUAUAUUAGCUUUAGAAAUUAUCUGAAUGCAGAAGUAAACAAUUUUAUUUUCUUCUUUGCUUCUUUUAAAAAUCUUAAUACAGACUGCAAAAUCUAGAUGCCAACAUAAAUCAGAUAAAUAAUAAUGAUAAAAAAACAAAGGAGUCAGUGAUGCCCUUUCUCCACAAAGCUAGUCUUUCCCAAUUUGUUUUGAGAGUUCCCAAUAUAUUUUAAUGAAGAUCAAUUUAAAAAAAUUGUUUAUUUAUUUACUUUUGUAAUGUUCAAAACACAAAGAAAUCUUAACAUUUUUAACAAAAAUGAAAAUAAUUUAUCAUACCUUGGGGGAGGUUUUUUUCCUCAACUGCUUCUCUGUCACAACAGUCUAUCAAUUAAUGGGGUAUAUUUAGUUCUGUUGUGUGAUUGCAGAAUUCUCAAAAACUACAGUCAACUGUACCUUGAAAGCUACUAAAAAAUAUAUAUAUAUAUUAUAAAGCAUGAUUAAAAUACGUAAGUCUUUAAUGUAAAUAACCUUAAAAAUAUGUUAACCUAUUCAAGCAAGUCAUUAAUUUGUAACACUUUGUUUCACUUGAGGUUCUAUGCUACCAUCGUUUUGACAAAUGUCCUUAUGUAUUUAUUUAUAUUUUCUUAAAUUGGUGGGGGGGGGGUGUUGUUAACCAAUUUUUAAAACAUAAUUUUGGGCACCUCAGGAAUUUUCAAACUAUCAAAAAUUCCACCCCCCGGGGGGGGAUAAAAUUGCCUUAAAUUUUGACAUAAUUAAUAAAUGGUUCCAAAAUAUUGAGGCCUAUUCCCCUACCCCUUGAAGUUAGAAGUUAUAUAUAUGUAAGUAAUACGUUUUUUCAUUUUCUUCUCCCUCUUUUUCAGAAUUUGUUUAAUAUUUUAAGUAUAUUUAGGCCUAUACGGUGAAUAACUAUUUCCAGAUAUUUUUUUUUUUUUUUUUGGAGGGGUGGGUAUUUUUUAGGACUGGGCUUUUUUAUAUUAAAUUUCCAUGAACAAUUCAUUAGAUUAUAAGAUUACCUGUUUCAUCUUUUUUUUUUUUAAACCGCUCCACCUCACCCCCACCCCCUUUUUUUCCCCAAAUCUAACGUAUUAGCAGUGUUUAGGGUAUUAAGUUUACCGCCGCAGUAAAUGCAGCCACUUUUGGAGAUAACUUUCCAAGAUAACCCGGAACUUAAAUCUGAAAGUUUAAAUGGCUAUCUGGAAGUCAACAGUGAUCCUGUUGUCAGUCAAUCAACGUUUACAGGCAACACUUUUACAGGAGUCAUACAACUUUCAUUUUCUUUUGCAUUUUAAAAACAUUUAUAAAUUGAGGUAGAAAAUAAUUCUUAAGUGGAAUUGUCGGUUUACACAUAAAUUUUAGUAUGUUUCUAUUAACCACGGUGUCCACUGUUUUACUCUAGUCUUAGUCUUAAUAAUUUUAGACCACGAAAGAGUACCUGAACCUGAGUUUCUUUUUGCCUACCAACUCAUUAAAUAUUUUUUUAUUAUUAAAUCAUUAUUCAUCAUGCUGAUACUCAACUGACUCUUCUGAACUCCGCCCCGAACAACUAAAUAAAUGCCAAAUGGGUGGCCACAUUCUAGAUUCUUUUCUAUUCUUCAGUUUGACUAAUAAAUAAAAUAAAAAUAGUUUAAAUUUAGAUCUAGGCCUAGCUGGCUAAUAAAAAAAAAAUUUAUUAAUGGUAGGAUUUGGUACUAUUAUAUGAAAAUUAAUGAUGCUUUCUUUUACUUAAUACUAAUAAAAUAAUAAGUAAGCUUACUUUAAAUUUGCUUAUUACUGAUACUGAGUUACUCCAACUCAGGCACGGAUAUUACUGAGAAGAAAUGGAAGCAUAAAUUAAUAAACCAUUAAAACAAAAGUUAUACUUAGCUUUGGCCUGGGCCUCAAAAUUAAAAUUAUCAUAAUAAAUUUAUUUUUAAAAAUUUUUUAUUAGGCGGGCCCUAUAAAGUAUUAAAUAACUCAAGGCAAAGUCUAAAGCAGGGGUCCCUGGACCCCUUCAGGGUGUGGCAGGCAGUGUCUGGGGUGUGGGAAGUGACAUAAAAUCAGGUUUAUUUGCAUAAAUAUUUGAUUUUUUUUAUCCAGGAUGCUGGAAAUAUUUUUUUUAAAAUCAAGAUGGGGAGCCAGAAAUGUUUUGAAAUCAAAAUUAAGGGGGGGGGGGGGUUGGUUGGAUUGCACUGCGAAACUUUAAGAACCCUAGUUUAAAGAUUGCAUAAUAUGUUACUUAUUUUGGCAGUCUUCUUGUGCUAAUGAGGCACUAUAUCGAUUGCACAAAUACUAAAUUAUUAUGGUCCUCACCUGAAGCAAGUUGAUUAAAGAGUUGAUUUAAAAGAUCCAAAUUUGUUUCUUUUUACAUAUCAGUUGCAGAUCAGUUGGGACAAGAAUGAAUUCCUUGGAUGUUGUAGUGGCCAAAUUGAAAAAGCUAGCACCACUUUCUUUGGCAGGUAAAAUCAUUUUAUUCAGGCAGUGUUGUGGUUUCUGGCUGUUUAGAUUAUUGUUAGAGAAAAGCACUAAAUUAAUGCAUGCUUUAAGACAUUGAGAGAUCAAAAUUUUAGGUCCCUAAUAGCCAUCCCGCCUUAUAAACCUUUGUUACAUUGAACCCAAAUCAAUUCGUGAAAUCACUUUUUAAAAGAGCUUUCUAAAAGUAAUUCUUUGAUGAAAAAAAUCCACGUCCACACAAGUUAAAACUUCUAACUUCAAUUUUCUUAGAUAUAUCAUUCUCAUAACAUUGCGUCCACAUUUUAUUCUGUUCAGGCAGCUGGGACAAUGUGGGACUUUUAGUAGAGCCAUCACCACCCAAAUACAUCAGUAAGAUCAUGCUAACCAAUGAUCUGACAACCGCUGUUAUGGAGGAGGCUAAAGAUAAAACAGUGGAUCUCAUCAUCUCAUACCAUCCACCAAUAUUUGCUCCUUUGAAGCGUCUCACACAGAGCUCAUGGAAACAGAGGCUGGUUGUGGAAUGCAUUGAGAAUCGAAUCGCAUUGUUCUCACCUCAUACAUCUCAUGAUGCACUAGAGGGGGGUGUCAAUGACUGGCUUUUAUCAGCCUUUGGUAAGCAUGGUAAAUAUAAUUGUUCCGCACUGAUUACCAGAGUCUUGUCAUGUUACUGACAUCAUUGCGUGCCAUUUUUAUUUUCAGCUCUCUCCAGAGACACAUUAAAAACAUAUCACUCCAGUCUCAAUAGUUUUCCUGGGGGAAUUAGGGGGGGGGGGGGCGAGAGAAUUUUGAUGUUGUUUCCCCUUAAAGCAACAAGAUAUAGCUAACGGUUGUAACCUGCUCUAGUUAACCUCUACAACUGGUUUGAAUUUUUUAAGUCAGAAUAGCCGUCACAAGCAUUCUAUUAAGUUGUUUCUUUUAGACUUUAUUAUUGUAUUUUACUUUCUUUUACUUUUUUUUUUUUCUACGAAAGCCAUAAACCAAAUUAAAAUUGUCAGUAAAGAUAAUUUUUGAAACAGCUAUAAAAAAUUUGAUUAAUGUUAAAAUGUCAUUCUCAUUUUGAAAAAAUUUAUGAUAGUAAAUACUUACUUCCUGUAGAGGUCAAGAAGGAUUCUGUCAGGCCUGUGGAUUUUAAUGAAGAGUUCCCAGAAGGCCUGACACAUGUUUUGGAGGUUGAUUUUGAGCCAUCAAAGUUAAAAGAGAUAAGAGAUCAGGUUCUAGUCUCACAACUUUCACCCGACUCCCGUCUCAGGAAAAAUAAAGAUGCUUUCGUUUUCCAUUCUGUCAAAAUUGGAUCGUGAGUCAAGUCUUAACAAGUCUGAGUUGUUGCUUUUAAGGUUUAUAAUUUUUAGAUUAACUGUUUGGGUUAUUUUGCAGAGUAUGUAAAAAAAAAAAAAAAUUAUGAGUUUUAAUGAAUACACUCACAAUUUUUAAAAAUAUUUUACCUAUAAAAAUUAGAAUUAUAAUGUGUUUUACGGCUAAACUACUGCAGUAGUUACAAAUUAUAAUUUUUUUAAAUUUUCAAAUAUAGAUAUAAAACAUAAAUUUAAUCGGAAAGAAUUGAAGAUGUAAAUUUUUUUGAGUUUUUGCCUUCAGUACAUCAGCCGGCGAAACAUGCAGACUGCAAGUGGAGUGUAACAAGUCAGAACUGACAGAUAUGCUAAAAGGACUGACUUCUAGCAAGCAACAAGAACACUUCAGUGUGAAACAUCUAUCUAAGGUUUGGUGCUGGUCUUUAUUUCUGUUAUAAUUUUUCUAUCACAUUACCUCGAUUCUUUGAAUCUUAGUCUAAAAAAUAAUUGUUUGCAAAUCAGUAUAUUGCUUCAUGCGUUAUUAUUAUUUAUUUCGACAAUUACGUUUACUCAAAUUUAAUAAUAAUAUCAGAAGUUUAUGCCUCAUAUUUUAUUAAUAUUUUGUCAAAGAUUUGUAGAUUCUUAUAUUAUAACUUAUAAGAAGAAAGUUGGCUGAAGUUACAUUACAAUGAAUAAAAUCUGGCUUAAGAUUUGGUUCCCUGAAGUUUUUAUACCAGCUUUCUUAUUUUAAUAAGUUGCUCUUCAAUAAAACAAAGUUGUUUAUUUGUGUAGAAAAUAUCUGGGUCAUUUAAAAACUAUCAAGUCUUUUUUAAAAAUACUUUAUUUGGAUGUGAAACAAUGCUUAAUAUAACACUGUUAAGUAAUAGAAAACUAAACUGCACAAUUUGUCUUAUUAAUAGAGGGCAGUCAUAUUAUUUGCACUAAUGGUUUAUAUCUCCUGUCUGAAUGGUCAUCGAAAUAAUGCCUUUUCAAUUUAAUCUAAUGGGUUUCAGGUACCGAAACAUGCAACAGGAAUGGGUAGACAAGCUGAGUUGUCUCUCCCUAUUCCUUUGUCAGUUGCUGUAGAGAAGAUCAAGAGUCACUUGAAUAUCCAAUAUGUCAGUUUAGCCAAGGCACAAGGUGAGAGUGAAACCAAACUAUUUCUGUUCAGAUUCACAAUUGAUUUAUUAUUUGAACUGUAUACUGUAUGUAACAGAGAGAGAGUUUGCAGGCUGCACAUCAAUAAAGCAUUGAUCAGUACAAAAAAAUGUCUGCAAGUGCAGGUUGCAAAUCUUUCAGGACUUGUACGAGUAUCUGUACCUAAUAAUAAACAACUAGCCAAGAUGUUUACAGAGCUAUGUGAAAGCUUGAAAGGAAAAAAACAGGGAAAUUAAAAGUUCAGCUAUCAACAGCUCCUUCUUCGGCAGACAAAACAAGAGCAGGAAUGGGAAAUUCAAAGGCUUAUCAUGUCGAAAGCGAUCAUAAUAUAUUAGAAAUGGAAGUUAAGUUGUCUAAAACCAAAGAGAUUGCCAGAAGUAAAAGAAUUUAGGUAUUUUUGGUGAAAUUCUAAGAUGUUUUGAAAAUUUCUAGUGGAAAAACAUGGGGGCAGAAAUGGAGUGGGUUAAACUUAAUAAAAGAAAUUUGUUAAUUUUCCUCAUGAGUUUAUAAGUAUAAGUAAUUUCAUUUAAAAAAAUUUUAGAACUCGAAAUUUAAUGUUUGCUUAUGUAAAGUUACUGAUUGCUUAUGUACAGUUACUGAUUGAAUGCUUAUGUACAGCUAAUCCUUGUUGUUUCCUCCUUACACUAACUCAUAGGCAAAGAGGAGGAAGAGAUUCAGUUCAUAGCAGUGUGUGCAGGGUCUGGUUCUAGUGUGCUUCAGUCUGUCGCCUGUGACCUGCUGGUGACGGGGGAGAUGUCCCACCAUGAAGUGCUGGAUGCUGUCCACCGGGGCUGCAAUGUUGUUCUGUGUCACCACAGCAACACGGAGAGGGGAUAUCUGGUGCACUUGUGCAAAAAACUGAUCAACACUUUAGGAAAUUCUAUAGAUAUUUUUGUAUCUGAAACAGAUCGAGAUCCACUGGAAGUGGUUUGAUCAAAGAUUGUUCAUUUUUACUUCAAGUUUUAAGUCUAGAAUCUUUUCUCCCUAUAGAAAUAUGAUCUGGAAGAUUUAUGAAGAAAACUCUGUCAGACUAAAUUCUUUGAAUAAAUGUGUAUGCAAAAAUUAAUAGUGAAAACAAUCAACAACUUCAGAGCUAACUGUCCACUAGGGUUACUGGAAAUUUGUUUGAAAGAAAUUUCGUCGACGGAAAAUUGAUCGACAGAUCAAAUAUCCGUAUACGGUCCAAUAGUCAUCACUUAGUUUCAGUGGGAAAACAAGGAAGGAAAGAAGAUUACAAUAAAAAAAGUAUUUAUGACGUAAUCUUAAGGGUUAUUAGUUCAAAGUUUUGGAAAAUAGUGGUAUUUAUACAUCUUGCCAAUCGAAUAAAAUUAAUACAUUUUCAAAAUGCUACCUAAAAUUCCAUUCCACCAGACAUAGUCAUUUUUUAUGAAGGACUAAUCUCAAACUUACAAAUUUAAGACCUAAUGUCAUCUGUAUUGAAUUUAUGGCAUAUACCAGCAGGUUUCCACAGCUAAUGUAUCACACACAGUAGGCAAAGGCUUUAUAUGAUUUGAAAAUUCAGUCUUAGUGACUUUCUAUGUUUUCAAAUGGAGUAUAAAUGGAGAAUUUUUUUUAUUAUUUUAUUAUAGAACAAAAACAAAUUAAAACCAUGUGCCUUGUGAUGAUAAAAAUAUUUAAUGGUCCUUUUUUUAAAAAAUUAUAAUGUGACAUAUUAAACUUAAACUGAACUGCUUUGUGUAUAAUGUCUAGCGAUUUCUCUCCAUAUCAUCCAAAAGGUUAGUAAUAUUAUGUACCUUUCUGCUAAUCAUGUAUUUUCUUUAGAUGUACCGUACAAAUUAUUAUAUUUUGGCUGCCAUAGUGAAGUUGUUUGCACACAUCAAUAUUGUCCAAAAUACAGAUGAAUGACUCUACUAACUCCAAUAUUUCUAGAUAUAUCCUCAGGUUUUAAAUUUGCAUGCAUGACUUUUUAAGUAAGCCAGUAAUAUAUGACUUCAAGACCCUGCAGCUAAGGCUUCAAGUUGCUUAUAAAUUAUUGUUGCUUAUAUUGAACUUUAGUUGUUUUAUAUUGUUGUUUUUUUUCCCCAACAUUUUCUACAGUUAACAGUUUUUUGUUAGCUCAUGCUCAAAUAUGAAUUUUUGAAUUAUUUACGAUAUGUGUGAGGAGGCAAAUAUCUCUCUCAGACUGGAAUACACUAUUUCUGCUUUAAUUUAAAUGGUUUGCGUUGCCCCUCCUUUUAUUUCAUUGUACUGAAGUGGACCCUUAUAAUAAAAGUUAGAACGCAAUCUUCGUAGCAUGAGGAGGGUUGAGGAGGGCAUUUUUCAAUUAAACAGUCUUAAAUUCAAAUAAACUUUUUUGUUAUAGAUCAGGCCUGCACAACUCAAAAUGUAAAGUAGGCCAUAAUACUUUAUGAAAAACUUGUGCGGGCCGUAAUACUUAAUGAUAAGCUUGCGUGGGCCGAAAGAUGAUCGGACAGUUAUUAAGAAAAUAGUAAUAAAGAAUAUUUCGUUACUACGCUGGCUGCCAAGUGGGUACUGGCAGGCCACAUGGGGCUCGCAUGUUGUGUUAUAUAUAAUUAGUACGUCUGGCAAUGCUGCCCAGUUAAUAGUUCAAUUAAUACCUGCCUUUUUUUUUUAAACACUGCCAUGCUUGACCUAAUUUGUCAAUUAUUUGUUAGUAAAACCGACUUUAAAUAUGUUUUGUUCUUUAAUUUCCCUUUGAGAAUACUACUUUGAAUGAUACGGAGACCUUUUUUUUUUCUAACAAAAAACAGUGAUAUCUUAAUUAAAAUAGAACAAAAGAAAUUAGUUUAGGAGAUCCACUUAUAGCAACAUAAUGAGGCGGAUUGAAGAAAGGAAUUUGUGAUCUGAACUAUCAGUAGGCCUACAUUGUUUUUAAACAGUUAUGAUGAUUGUGAAUGCAGGUAGCCUCAAGUGCUAUAGAAAAGGGAGAAACUGCUGUUACAAAAUACCGAAGCCUUUCGGCGAGCUGCCAUGUAAUGACUUCAAUAUUAGUUAAAUUUUUUUAAAUUGCGUUGUAUUUCUUAUAUCUACUGUUUUUAAUAUAUUUGGUUUGUGUUUAAAGGAAUUUUCACUUGCUGUGUGUUCAUUUGAAUAUUCGUUUUGUAUGUUUGGAAGAUUAUUUAUUGCAAGGAUUGUUGAAUGAUUUGAAUAAAAAUAAUAGCAAUGGAUCUCUAAGGAUCUCCUCUUAAACCUAAUUGCCAUCCUCCACCCAUCAACCUUACAUAUCACUAUAGUUUGCUUGCGCCAUCAACUCUCAAUAUCUUACUUUAGUCUCACUGAAUCAUUUAGUGUCACUAGUUAUGGUAGUGCCAGUUUGCAGAUAGUUGCCUCCAUUUUUUAAUGCCAUAAGGGCCAUACGAUAUUUCCAGUUUAAAUUCAUUAAGGAAAUGUUCCUGUUUCUAUUAUAUUUCUGUGCAAUCAAAAAUAAAUGUUCUAUAACAGGAAGAUAUGAAAUAGGGUAAAUGGUGUGGGCUAAAAUAAGACAAUGCCCAACAGUCAUGGAUAAAACAAUGUCUAACAGUCUAGGAAUCAACUGAACUUUGAAAAAAAGAAAGAUCUGGAUUUAAUAGACUCCAUACUUAAACACAUCUUUUAUUGCCUUUAAGUCUUUUUUUUCCCAUUGUUAAUUCUGUCAUAAAAAAAAGAUUUAAUCCUAGGGACUCUAUUCUUUACAAAAAAUUGUAUGUCUAGCUCAUUCAAUUACCCCUUAAUUCUUAUGCUAGUUUUCCAUCAGGGGCUCUUAAGUCAAAAGAUUAAUGUCUUCUUCAUUAUGAAAUAUAACGAUUACAUAUAACAAUGUGCUAUAAGUGUGAGGUCAAAUUUUGUAAAUGAAAUAAAUUGCUAAUAAAUUUUUAUAAUAAUUAAC